UCGAAAUCGGACGUUUUUCGAGUCGGCGCCGGGUCGAGUCGAGGGCCCCAACUUGGAAUUUUCUUUCCGAUUGACUUGGAAAAUAUCUUCUUCGUCGUGUGCGAGUGUGUGUGUGUGUGCGCGGUGUGGAGUUUAUAAAAAGAAGUCGAAAAGUGUUUGCCGCAUCAACGAAAAUCAAAACACCCAAGAAGAGUGUUUGUUGUUUUGUCUGUAUAACAGAAAACUCAUUUUCUCAACUUCACCUCCGCACAUCGAUCAAGGACCAGAUAUAGAUGCAUCAUAUGUAGCUGAAUUAAAGUAUCCGCUACAGGACUAGUUGGAAAAUACCACAAUGAAUGAAUAAAUGUUUUAAUUAAGAAAAAGGAAGAGAGUGGUUAAAUUUUCAUACUGAGGAUCACGUGGACAAGUGUAAGAGAUCCCCUUAAAAACGAACGAAAAGAAAAGAAAAGCAACUGAUUAAAGUCCCGGCCGGAAGUGCCCCAGUGGAACGCGACCCCAACAACUGAGAGCCCGAUCGAGAUGUUGGAGCUGCGGCUUAUCGUGGUCAUUGUGCUCGCCCUGCUCAGCAGCCAGUGGGACCCAGUGGACUCCCAAAGACCGCCCCAGCAUGGCCGACGCGAUCGCCCGAAAUAUCCGCCGAACAAGUUUAUCAAGACGCAUCCAUGCGAGAGAUCCUCCUGCUACCCGGCCACGGGUAAUCUUCUGAUCGGCAGGGAAAACCGCCUGACUGCCAGCUCCACGUGUGGUCUGCACUCGCCGGAGAGAUUCUGCAUCCUGUCCCAUCUGCAGGACAAGAAGUGCUUCCUCUGCGACACGCGGGAGGAGACCAAGCAAGAUCCGUACAAGAAUCAUCGCAUCGGCCAGAUCAUAUAUAAAACCAAGCCGGGUACUAACCUACCCACCUGGUGGCAGUCCGAGAACGGCAAGGAAAAUGCCACCAUUCAACUGGAUCUGGAGGCGGAGUUCCACUUCACCCAUUUGAUCAUAACCUUCACCACCUUCCGACCGGCGGCCAUGUAUAUCGAGAGAUCCUUUGAUUUCGGACAGAGCUGGCACAUCUACAGAUAUUUCGCCUACGACUGCAAGGAAUCGUUCCCGGGAGUGCCCACUGUCCUGGAAAACAUCACCGAUGUGAUGUGCACCUCGCGGUACUCCAACGUGGAGCCGUCGAGGAACGGUGAGGUGAUCUUUAGGGUGCUGCCACCAAACAUCAAUGUUACAGAUCCCUAUGCGGAGCACGUGCAGAACCAGCUGAAGAUGACCAAUCUCAGGAUUCAGAUGACCAAGCUGCACAAGCUGGGAGACAAUCUUUUGGAUAGCAGAUUGGAGAACGAGGAGAAGUACUACUACGGCAUCUCCAACAUGGUGGUGCGCGGAUCCUGCUCCUGCUACGGCCACGCCUCUCAGUGUCUCCCAUUGGACCCCGCGUUUUCCCAGGCGGAUAAUGAAGAUGGCAUGGUCCAUGGCCGGUGUGAGUGUACCCACAACACCAAGGGAAUGAAUUGCGAAGAGUGCGAGGAUUUCUUCAACGAUCUGCCCUGGAAACCGGCCUUUGGAAAGAAAACGAAUGCUUGUAAGAAAUGUGAGUGCAACGAUCACGCCGUUAGCUGUCACUUCGAUGAGAAUGUCUUCACUGCAUCCGGAUUCGUUUCCGGCGGCGUGUGCGACAAUUGCUUGCACAAUACCCGUGGUCAGCAUUGCGAGGAGUGCAUGCCGUACUUUUACCGCGAUCCCGCGCAGGACAUAACGUCCGAAAAUGUUUGCCUGCCCUGUGACUGUGAUCCUGAAGGCUCGUCGGACGACGGCAUCUGCGACUCCCUAAAUGAUGUAGUGGAUGGAGCUGUAGCAGGUGCCUGCCAUUGCAAGGCCUUUGUCACGGGACGUCGUUGUAAUCAGUGCAAGGAUGGCUACUGGAAUCUGCGGUCGGAUAACCCCGAGGGCUGCGAGCCAUGCACCUGCAACGCCCUGGGCACUCUGAACAACUCCGGAUGCGUGAUGCGCACCGGAGAGUGCAAGUGCAAGAAAUAUGUGACGGGCAAGGACUGUAACCAGUGUAUGCCGGAGACCUAUGGACUUUCGGAAUCGCCGGAGGGCUGCUCCCUGUGUAACUGCGAUUCUGGUGGAUCCUACGAUAAUUACUGCGAUGUCAUAAGCGGUCAAUGUCGCUGCAGGCCCCACAUGACGGGAAGAUCCUGCUCGCAGCCGAAGCAGAAUUACUUCAUUCCCUUGCUGCCCGAGGUUCAUGAAGCAGAGGUGGUUGACGAGUGCAUCUCCUACGGCGCCAAUGGUAACUGCAGCCUGGUGGCCGAAUCUCCGGAUGGCAGCUUCACGGGCAUUGGUUUCACCAGGGUCCCCGAGAACUCGGAACUGGUGUUCACCGUCGGCGAUAUUCCUCGAUCCAUGCCAUAUGAUGUGGUUAUACGUUAUCAGAGCACUUCUCGAGGAGAUUGGGAGGACGCGUUUAUCACUCUGGUACGACCCGAUCAGGUGGAUCCUGAAGGCGGAUGCGGUGAACUAGCGGCAGCCACUUCUUCGGAAACCAGGAUUCCGUUCUCCCUUCCCGAACGCAGCCGUCAGGUGGUCGCUCUGAAUGAAGUAUGCUUGGAAGCUGGAAAGGUUUAUAAAUUCCGAAUUUACUUUGAGCGCAAGCGACACGACGUGGACAGUCCCACAGCCACGAUCUUGGUGGAUUCCCUAACCCUUAUUCCCCGCAUCGAUGUGACGCCCAUCUUCCAAGGUUCCGUCCUGGCCGAUAUUCGCCGAAAUGAUUAUGAGAAAUACAAUUGCAAAUCCUCCUUGUACGAUAUGAACUACAAGUCCGAUCCGAAGUGUCAGGACCUUGACAAUAUCCUCAGUGUGUUUGUCCACGACGGAGCCAGCAUGUGUAACUGCAAUCCCACCGGAUCGCUCAGCAAGGAGUGCGAAUCCAAUGGAGGCUACUGCCAGUGUAAGCCCAAUGUGGUGGGCAGGCAGUGCGACCAGUGUGCUCCGGGCACCUAUGGUUUUGGUCCCGAAGGCUGCAAGGCGUGCGAUUGCAACAGCAUCGGAUCGAAGGAUAAAAUCUGCGACCUGAUCACCGGCCAGUGCCAGUGUGUGCCCAAUACUUACGGCAGGGAGUGCAAUCAGUGCCAGCCGGGCUAUUGGAACUUCCCCGAGUGCCGGGUGUGCCAGUGCAAUGGCCAUGCGGCCACGUGUGAUCCCAUUCAAGGAACCUGUAUAGAUUGUCAGGACUCGACCACGGGCUAUAGCUGCGACAGCUGUCUGGACGGGUACUACGGAAACCCACUGUUCGGCAGUGAGAUCGGAUGCCGACCAUGCCGCUGCCCGGAGACGGUGGCCAGUGGCAUGGCCCACGCAGAUGGCUGCUCCCUGGACACACGGAACAAUAACAUGCUGUGCCACUGCCAGGAGGGAUAUUCCGGCUCACGUUGCGAGAUAUGUGCGGACAACUUCUUCGGCAACCCGGACAACGGCGGCACCUGCUCCAAGUGCGAGUGCAGCAACAAUGUCGAUCUGUAUGACACUGGCAACUGCGAUCGGCAGACGGGAGCUUGCCUGAAGUGCUUGUAUCAGACGACUGGCGAUCACUGCGAGCUGUGCAAGGAUGGAUUCUAUGGGGACGCACUGCAGCAGAAUUGCCGGCAGUGUGAAUGCGAUUUCCUUGGAACGAAUAACACCAUAGCUCAUUGCGAUCGCUAUACGGGCCAGUGUCCCUGCUUGCCGAAUGUCCAGGGUGUGCGUUGCGAUCAGUGUGCCGAGAACCACUGGAAGAUCGCCUCUGGCGAGGGAUGUGAAAGCUGCAACUGCGAUCCGAUUGGAGCUCUCCACGAACAGUGCAAUUCCUACACCGGACAAUGCCAGUGCAAGCCAGGAUUUGGCGGCAGGGCGUGUAAUCAGUGCCAGGCUCAUUACUGGGGCAAUCCCAACGAGAAGUGCCAGCCAUGCGAGUGCGAUCAGUUUGGAGCUGCUGAUUUCCAGUGCGACCGGGAGACGGGUAAUUGUGUUUGCCACGAGGGCAUUGGGGGCUACAAGUGUAACGAGUGCGCCAGGGGCUACAUUGGUCAGUUCCCACACUGCUCACCUUGCGGCGAAUGCUUCAACAACUGGGAUUUGAUCUUGAGUGCCCUGGAAGAUGCAACCACUGCCACUAUUCUACGAGCCAAGGAAAUCAAGCAAGUGGGAGCCACAGGAGCCUACACGUCCGAGUUCAGUGAGCUGGAUAAGAAGUUGCAACACAUUAGGAAUCUGCUGCAGAACACCUCAGUUAGUCUGGACGAUAUCGAGAAACUGGACCAGGAAACCCAAUCCCUUAGGGACCAACUUCAGGCGUCCCAUGGCCGAUUGAGUGAAACCGAGCAGAACCUGGAUAAUAUAUACAGUUCGCUGAGUUUGUCGGGCGUGGAGCUGGAGAGUCUGCAAAAUCAUUCCAGAUUGGUGCAACAACUGUCCAAGGAACUGAAGGAAAACGGCAUACAACUGCAGGAGUCGAAUAUCGAGGGAGCUUUGAACCUCACACGCCACGCCUACGAAAGAGUCAGCAAUUUGUCGACCCUUAAAGAGGAGGCCAAUGAACUAGCCUCCAACACCGAUAGGAAUUGCAAGAGAGUGGAAAAUCUGUCUAACAAGAUCCAAGCCGAAGCCGAAAACCUGGCAAACAAUGACAAGCAAAUCACAGACUACCGAGCAGAGUUGACUUCUCUAACCUCCCAGAUUCCCGAGCUGAACAACCAGGUGUGCGGCAAGGCAGGCGAUCCUUGUGAUAGUUUGUGCGGCGGUGCUGGAUGCGGCCAUUGUGGCGGUUUUCUGUCCUGCGAACGUGGCGCCAAAACCCACUCGGAGGAAGCCCUUAAGGUGGCCAAGGAUGCCGAGUCGGCCAUUACCAAUAAGAAGGAUCAGGCGGAUCAAACGAUCAGGGCUCUAACCCAGGCCAAGCUGAAUGCCUCCGAGGCGUAUGAGAAGGCCAAGAGGGGCUUCGAGCAAUCCGAGCGUUAUCUGAACCAAACCAAUGCCAAUAUCAAGCUCGCUGAAAACCUAUUCUCAGCCCUCAAUAAUUUCCAGGAGAACAAGACAGCUGCUCCGUCGGAGAGCAAAGAACUGGCACAGAAAACUCUCAGCCUGGACCUGAAACUGGAACCCGAGGAGAUUGAGACCCUAGGAGACCAGAUCAACAGGGCUGUCUCAUCGCUGAAGAAUGUUGAAGCUAUCAUCUAUAGGACCAAACCCGAUUUGGACAGGGUCAAUAAUCUGCAGAGCAUUGCCAAUGCCACCAAGGAGAAAGCCGACAAGAUCCUGGACUCUGCCAAUUCUGUCGUGGAGAACCUGGCGGCGGCAGAUGAAUCACAGGGUAAGGCCAAGGAUGCCAUACAGCAGGCGAACAGCAACAUUGAGUUAGCCGGUAAGGAUCUGGAGAAGAUCGAUGAGGAAACGAAUUCCGCCGAAGCUCCAGCCAAUAACACAGCCCAGCAGGUUGAGAAAUUGGCCAAGAAAGUGCAGAAACUGCAGAAUAAUAUAAUUAAGAACGAUCGCGAUGCCAAGGAGAUUACCAAGGAGGCGAAUAGCGUUAAACUGGAUGCCAUGCGGGCUCGAGGAGAGGCCAACAAUCUACAGUCGGCCACAAGUGCCACCAAUCAGACCCUCACCGACCGAGCCAGUCGCUCGGAAAAUGCCAGGGAGAGGGCCAAGCAGCUCCUCCAGAGGGCCUCCAAACUAACCGUCGACACGAACGCCAAGCUGAAGGAUCUGAACGAUCUGCAGACCGUCUAUCUGAACAAGAACCAACAACUGCUGCGAUUGCAGGCCGAGAUUGGUCCCUUGAACAAGGAGCUCAACGAGCACCUCAUUCACAUCAAGGAGCGGGGGUCGCACUACAGGCAGUGCUAUACGUAGAUCCGGAAACAUCCAUCUGCGUGGCCAUCUAAAUUGCCAUAUUCAUGAACAAAUACGAGAAUCAAGUAAAGAACUACAAGAACAACUAGGAAGGCGACAGUUAUUAUGUAACCACUGUUAAGUUACCGUUACGUUUUGUACUCUAAGCGAAAACCAACACUGCAAUGUUAAUUUUAAAAAUUGAGCGAAAGAAAUCGAUGCCUUCACUUUUAAUGUGUACACACUGAGCUAAGUUUUUCUUAUACUAUCCCUAUACCAUUUUGUA